AUGUCAGCCAGCCUCUUCUCAGCCCACCAGCACCAGGGACUGCUGGAUGAGCUGCACGGUAGAGCGCCACAAGUGCCCUGCCCAGAGGGACUUCUGGGCACCUCGGUACUGGAUUUCAUGGCCGACCUCUCCCUGGGCACCCCCCAGGGACCCCUUCGAGCCAGAUCAGGCCUGGGGCUCUGCGAGGUCACCACCGGGCCUCCCUUUGGGGACAGAGCCCUGUCACUAAGGGAGGGCAUGGCCCGGGGGCUGCCCUUGGCUGUGUUCAGAGACGGAGAUCCCGAAGAUGAAGAAGAGGAGGAAGAUGAGAGGAUGCGCACCUCUCUCCUGGACAGACCCAGGAGAAAGCGGAUUAUCACCUAUGCCCAGCGCCAGGCUGCCAACAUACGGGAGAGGAAGAGGAUGUUCAACCUCAAUGAGGCGUUCGAUCAGCUGAGGAAGAAGGUGCCCACCUUCGCCUAUGAGAAGAGACUCUCUCGGAUAGAGACCUUACGCCUGGCCAUAGUGUACAUCUCCUUCAUGACAGAGCUCCUGGACGGAUGCAGCAGGCAAGAGGCAAGUUAG